AUGGAGAGUAAAAGACGAGUUGGAUCAUCAACUUCUUCUUCUUUCACCACCGAACUCUUCGGAUCCAAAGAUCCUUCGCCGCCAUCUUCCUCCGGAAUCUUCACUUCCAUUUUCCCCCAUCCAUCCAAGGGCGUUGCAAGAGAUGGUCAAAACUCCAAACAUGGCUCACAAGCUCAACGUAGAGAAUCUUUAACAGCGCAAGACAAAGUUGAUCCAUGUCAUCUAAGCUCUUCUCUUUACUACGGUGGUCAAGACGUAUACGCUCGAUCCACCACCAACCAAACUUACCCUACAGUAAACAAUGAGCAUCAAAGAAGCGGAGAACACGAUGCUAAUGGACAGAACUCACAAGAUGUUUCAAGAGGAAACUGGUGGCAAGGUUCACUUUAUUACUAG